AUGAAUUCGAUCGCUGUUUCGCUGCUCAUCUUCUCUUCUCUCCUGAUUCUCAGUUAUAUAUGUAAUGCGGAUUCGGAGAAAGAGAGGACAUUGGCAAUGAUCAAACCUGAUGGUUUGCUUGGUAACUAUACUGAUGAUAUAAAGAAGACAAUUAUAAGAUCAGGAUUUGGUAUAGUAAGAGAGAUGAUGAUUCAGCUAGAUGAAGAAAAAGCGAAGCUCUUUUACGCUGAACAUUCGGCGAAAAGUUUCUUCCCUGACCUUGUUAGAUAUAUGAUGAGUGGUCCAGUUCUUGUUAUGGUUAUCGAGAAGUAUAAUGCAAUCUCUGAUUGGCGCUCUUUAAUUGGACCGACUGAUGCAAAACAGGCCAAAAUUUCUCAUCCUAACAGCAUUAGAGCUAUGUGCGGGUCGAGCACUGAAAGGAAUUGUGUCCAUGGUUCGGAUUCUCGCCUAUCUGCUGCACGAGAAAUUUCAUUUUUCUUUAAAGAUAUAUCUGCAGAAGCUUUAAAGCAUGAUGAACUCUAAACACUCACAUCAGAUGUUCUUUCAAGCUCACUGGACUUUCAGUUAUUUUUAUUUACAUUGUGUUACUGACAAUGUAUUUUUUUUUCUAUAAUUUAUUUAAAUCAAAGUUGUUGUAAAUCAAGACAGUUUUGUUACUCCUUUUUUUUGUUGUCUUAUAAUAUUUAAAUCA